UACAACAAAUAUUAGGUUUAUGGUUGUAAAAAAAAAAUCUUUUCUAUCCCUUCUUCCUAUUUUGAAUAUCCAAUCUUAAAAACCUGGGCCCGCCUCAGGCUUAACAUGUAUAUUGAUAUUCUACAAACAGUAGUGAUUUUCCACGAAAGCUCAAAAACCUUGAAACGUAACCUGUAAUUAAUUGAAAAUAUGAUAUCCAUUCUUGAAAACAUUACUGGGCUCACCUUUUAUGUUAAAGCAGCUAUAUGAGCCACUUGCAUAAUUUUUCUUCUAUGGGUACAUCUUUGCAAAUAUGAUCUCAUCAAUGUCAUGUUUGCAUGAAGAUUUGGCUCUUUGACAGGUUGGUCUUUCCAUAUAGCUUGUUUCUCUUGCUUCAAUAAGGUCUUCCAUCUUUGCAAAUGGCAGCUCCCAAGCCCAUUACUCGGCUUAUUUCCCAUGUCAUUCUUGAUUUGGAUGGUACCCUCUUAAACACAGAUUGUGUUGUAAGUCAACUGCUGAAACCAUUUUUAGUUAAAAAUGGGAAAAAGUGGGAUAGCAAGAAAGCUCAUAAAUUAGUUGGAAAGACGCCGUAUGAAUCAGCAGCUGUUGUUUUAGAAGAUUAUGGACUCCCUUACUCAACAGAAGAAUUUCUCUCAAUGCUUACUCCCAUGUUCAAUGAGCAAUGGUGCAACAUAAAAGCUCUUCCUGGAGCAAACCGGUUGAUAAAACAUUUGAAGAGUAAUGGGGUACCAACUGCUUUGGCUUCCAACUCACCAAAAUCAAACAUUGAAGCCAAAAUUUCCUGCCAUCAAGGAUGGAAAGAGUCAUUCUCUGCAAUUGUUGGUGGUGAUGAAGUAGAGAAGGGGAAGCCGUCCCCAGAUAUAUUCUUGAAAGCUGCAAAAAGAAUGAACACUAAUCCUCCAAACUGCCUAGUUAUUGAAGAUUCCUUGCCAGGUGUUAUGGCUGGAAAAGCUGCAGGAAUGCAUGUCAUAGCUGUACCAUCAGUACCCAAAAGGACUGCUGAAUUCAGUUCAGCUGAUGAGGUGAUCAAUUCCCUCCUUGAUGUAAAGCCUGAAAAGUGGGGGUUGCCGCCCUUUAGUGAUUGGAUUGAUGAUACCCUACCAAUUGAACCAUGGUUUAUAGGAGGACCUGUGAUAAAAGGAUUUGGCCGUGGUUCUAAAGUAUUAGGAAUACCAACAGCAAACUUACCCGCAGAAAAUUUUUCUGAAAUACUAUUAGAGCAUACAUCAGGGGUAUACUUUGGUUGGGCUGGACUUUCAACGCGAGGUAUAUAUAAGAUGGUCAUGAGCAUUGGUUGGAACCCUUAUUUUGAUAACACGGAGAAGACCAUUGAACCAUGGUUGCUUCACAAUUUUGGUGAAGACUUUUAUGGAGAAGAGCUGCGCCUUGUUAUUGUUGGCUACAUACGACCCGAGGCCAACUUCCCUUCACUUGAGAGCUUGAUAGAAAGGAUUCAUGAGGAUGCAAGAAUUGCAGAGAAGGCCUUAGAUUUACCUGUAUAUGCUAAGUACAAAGACUCACAGUAUCUUAGAAACUCCUUAAAGGAUGACAGCUCGGCUACUGGGAACCAAUCAGUUGUAGAUUCAAAGUGAUCCAAACGUUGUGAAGUGAAAGACAUGAAGAAUGCUCAAUUGUUGUCGAUGCAGAAAGAGUAGUAUUGUUCUUAUCCUUAUUUCUUCUACCUAUAUUUUUUGAUUAGUAGUAUGUGAUUAGUGUACGGUUAAGACAUGCAGUAAUUUUUAGUCAGUGUAUGGUUGAGUAGUGUUUAGUGGACUAUUCUUUGAUUAGAGUAAUUACAUAAUAUUGCCA